AUGGCUGGGACUAUGACUGCAGUCAGGCUGACCACUACAGUGGUUGGGUUUGCAAGUCAUUAUGCUCUGAGAGCCUUGAAGCAAAGUAGACCAUUGAAGCAAGUGAAACAAGUGCUGCAGAUCUUGCCCAAACUGGGCUUUAGUAGCUGUUACAGAGGUGGAUUUGAACACAAAAUGACAAAACAAGAAGUAGCCCUAAUAGUAGGAGUGAGCCCUACAGCCACUAGAACUAAAAUUAGAGAAGCUUAGAAGGAUAUUAUGGUUCUGAAUCAUCCAGAUAAAGGAGGUUCUCCGAAAGUAGCAACCAAAAUCAACAAAGCUAAACAUUUACUGAAGAUUAUGCUGAAAAAUGAAUUGGAGAUAAAAUCAGAAUUUUUGCUUGUAUAA